AUGGGAGUGUUCUUAGAGUUUGCCACGUGUCCCAGCGAAUAUACCAGUAGGGAACCUAAGAAACUCCUGCACUUACCAAUUGUGGGCCGAUCAGUCAACAAUCGGCAUUUGGCGCUGGGGGCACCUACAUAUUGCAGGAUUGGACCUGUUGUCAUGAGCUACAAGGCUAUGUUGGGCGUAGAAUCAGUCAUGGGUGCCGAGGGCACCUACCGAUUCGUGAGUUGCGCUUGCCAGCAUGGGCCAUACAAAGCCCUGCUUGGUGUCAGACCCUUUCCACGUGUCAUGGCAUAA